AUGGUUUACACUCACGGAACCCCAUACGUUACCCCCCACAUCCUCCAUAAGCACUACGCGCAGGCGUACGAUGCGGAGGUCUCAGCCCUCAUCGGCCGUGAGCUUGAGUACUUCUCCCAGGCCGGCUUCGACAUGGACCGGAUCCAGAUCAAGCGCAACGCGCCCCCCGCCGUGCUGUACGAAGACGCGAUCCGGAACGAAGGUGCCGUCGUCUCGUCGUCCGGGGCGCUCAUCAACUUUUCGGGAAAGAAGACCGGGCGUAGUCCCAAGGACAAGCGCAUUGUCUACGAGGAGACCUCCAAAGAUGAAAUCUGGUGGGGAUCCGUGAACAUCAAGAUGGACGAGCACACCUUUGAGAUCAACCGCGAACGCGCUAUCGAUUUCCUCAAUACGCGAGACAAUGUCUACGUGUUUGACGGCUACGCGGGCUGGGAUCCGAAGUACCGUAUCAAAGUGCGAGUAAUUUGCGCCCGUGCCUAUCAUGCUCUCUUCAUGAACAACAUGCUCAUCCGGCCGACGGAAGAGGAGCUGAAGGACUUCGGCGAGCCCGACUUCAUCAUCUACAACGCGGGCCAGUUCCCGGCGAACCGGUUCACGAAGGGCAUGUCGUCGACCACAUCCGUCGAGAUCAACUUCAAGCGGAUGGAGAUGGUCAUCCUCGGGACCGAGUACGCCGGCGAGAUGAAGAAGGGUGUCUUCUCCGUCAUGCACUAUCUGCAGCCCGUGAAGUUCGGCCAGCUCUCGCUCCACUCUUCCGCCAACGUCGGCGAGGCCGGCGACGUCACCCUCUUCUUCGGUCUCUCCGGCACGGGCAAGACGACGCUCUCGGCAGACCCCCGGCGCAAGCUGAUCGGCGACGACGAGCACGUCUGGUCCGACGACGGCGUGUUCAACAUCGAGGGCGGGUGCUACGCCAAGUGCAUCAACCUCAGCGCGGAGAAGGAGCCUGAGAUCUUCAACGCAAUCCGCUUCGGCUCCGUGCUCGAGAACGUUGUCUACAACCCCGUCACGCGCGUACCCGACUACGACGACGCGAGCAUCACCGAGAACACGCGCUGCGCGUACCCGAUCGAGUUCAUUCCCAACGCGCAGAUCCCGUGCCAUGUCUCGAGCCAGCCCAAGAACAUUAUCAUGCUCACUUGCGACGCCUUCGGUGUCCUGCCACCCGUCGCGAAGCUCACGCCUGAGCAGGCGAGCUACCACUUCUUGGCUGGUUACACUUCCAAGACCCCCGGUACCGAGGACGGCGUCCUCGAGCCCAUCCCGACAUUCUCGACGUGCUACUCCGCGCCAUUCAUCGUUCUUCACCCUGGCCGCUACGCCGAGAUGCUCGCCGAGCGCAUGGCGAAGAACAACGUCGACUGCUGGCUGAUCAACACCGGCUGGACGGGCGGCAAGUUCGGCACGGGCAAGCGCUGCCCGCUCAAGUACACGCGCCGCAUCGUCGACGCCGUCCACUCGGGCGAGCUCGCCAAGGCCGAGUACGAGACGUUCGGCGUGUUCAACCUCCAGGUGCCCGUCGCGCUCGAGGGCGUCCCGCGCGAGCUGCUGAACCCGCGGCUCGCGUGGCCGAACAAGGAGGCGUUCGAGCGCGAGGUCAGGAAGCUCGCGGGCAUGUUCCAGAAGGCGUUCGCGCUGUACGAGAGCGACGUCGAGGAGAAGGUGCGCCUCGCGGGCCCGCAGACUGCGUGA